AUGACGAGCUGGGAAACUAUGAGGGUGAAAAGCUUGCAAGAGUGGUUUCUUUAUGUGGCCGCAUUCCCAGAAGACGAGGAGAUUGAGUUCACUGACUUGAGGAAAUGUUGGAUGGAGGUUGGGUCAGAACUCUCACCCACAGCGAUUGUCAAUGAACUGGAACGGAGAUGCCUGGUCAAGAUAAAUAAGUCUUGGGAUGACGAUGAUCGUAUAAUUGUACACGAUAUGCUACGCAAACUGUGCAUAAGAAUCUUAAAAGGGAAGUACGGUUCACAGCAAGAGCACGAGAAGGGAUGCCUGUUCGGAUAUGACUGGACAAUUGGCAUUCGGGAUGCAACAUUUGCUGAAGUUUCAUUCAUCUCAAAGAAUGUUGGCAGCUUUCUAUCCGAUAAUCAUGUGCGUGAUGUCUUACUUCUGGAUAAAUGUGAAGGACUUUCUAAUGUGGAUGACAGUUUCAUCAAUCACAUACAAGGUGUCAAGGUAUUGAGCUUGUGGCGAUGCUCUAAGAUGCGUUUUAUUCCAGAGAGCAUAUCCAAGCUGAAAAACCUUCAAGUGCUUGACAUUCAAGGAACAGAAGUGAGUGAAUUACCAGAUGCGCUUUUCAGCCUGACAUCACUGAAAUAUCUAAAAUGUACUACCCGGUGGAUGCCGAUGAAGUGUAACAUUGCAUUACUGCCCCAGCUCUCCGACUUGGAAGAGCUGGGGCUGAAUGUUAGUUCAAAAGAGGACUCAUCAGUUUUGGAUUUGACUGGAAUUUCACGCUUCAACAGUUUUACAUCGGUAGAAGACAGUGAAAAUAGUGAUGACAGCUUUGAAUGGUUGCCCCACCGCCUAGAAACACUUGACAUUGACUGCGGUGGUAUCCACUUGUUCAACCUGGAUGGAUCAUUCACACUUCUUAGAGAUCUGGGUCUUACUAAUUUACACAUUGGACAGUCAGAAUUCAAGGAUGAUUUGGCUGCCAGUCUUCCAAAUCUAGAGUGGUUGUUCUUUAAUCUAGCUCCUGAUAUUGAAUGGGAGCACUUGCCUCUCUUUGUGACACAGCUCGCCUCGUAA